AUGGCGCAAGACCUAGCAGCGCUCGAGUCCUACGGCGCGCGCACGGAUUGGGCAUCGCUGGCCGCCACAGACCCGAAAUUGGCAGCCUGCACUGCGACCUUCAAAGGCGAAACCGGCGUCGACUGGACGCGCCCGGAAGCGCGGGCCGUCGUCGCCGAAGCGCUGCUGCGCCACGACUUCGGCAUCACGUAUCAGGCGGCGCCCGGGCAUCUAGUGCCCUGCGUGCCGAACCGGGUCCGCUACGUGGCCUGGGCCGCCAAGGUCGCCGGCGACGGCGUGACGAACGCCCUCGACGUCGGCUGCGGCGCGUCGUGUAUAAUUGCGCUGUUGGCGGCGCGGUGCCGGGGCUGGCGCGUCGUCGCGUCCGAGAGCGACGACAAGGCCUGCGCCGAGGCGGCGGCGCUCGUGGCGAAGAAUUCGGACUGGAACGCCGGCGCGCUCGUCGACGUCUUCCGCGUCUGUGCAACGGCCGCCUCUCAACGGCCCGUCUCGGCGGCGCUCGACGCGGCCGGCCGCGCGGGCGUCGACGUCGUUCUGGCGAACCCGCCGUGGUUCGAGAGCGACGACGAGCGGCGCAACGCCUGCGGCGGCGCGCCGCGCCGCGACGGCGCCGCCGAGGCGACGGCGGCGGAGACCGUCCGGGACGACGGCGAGGUCGGCUUCUGCGCGGCGCUCAUCGAGGACGCGCUGCGCUUACAGAGUCGCGUGGCGUGGCACUCGGCGCUCCUGGGCCGGAAGCAGUCGCUGCGGCGCGUCCUGGCGCUGCUCCGGGAACGAGGCAUUUCUCGCGUCGCGACGACGACGAUCGAUCUGGGCCGGACGACGCGCUGGGCCGUCGCCUUUUCGGUGGCCGCGGGCCCGGCGCCACGGGGCGACGCGCGCGUGUUCGCCAAGAAGCGCGACCCGGCCCGCGACGUGGCCGUGCCCGCGGACUGCUCGGUUCCGGAGCUCCGCGACCGCCUCGCCGCCCGCGCCGUCGCGUUGCAUGCCGACGCCACGGUUUCUGACGUAGACGCGGACGGCGCCCUCUGGCGCGUCCGCGUCGUGUCCCGCGGCGCGCGCCUCGACGCCGUCGUUUCUGCCACCGGCGCACGCGGCGCGUACCGGCUCCGCGCCGUGCCGCAGGGCGCCGCCGACGCGCUCGCCCGAUUUUGUGAUGGAUUGCCGGGCGACCUCGCGCGGACGAAUCGGCGGUGGCGGCGGAAGCUGGCUAAGUGA